AUGGAUGAUGUGUGGUGCAGCCUCGACAUGGCCGCCGACAUCGCCGGCCUCCACAGCGCCCUCGCCGACCCAUUCUGGCCCGCCGACCUUGACCUCAUGGUUUCGACCCACGAGGUGGAGGGUAUGGCGGACAUGGACGCGAGCGGCUUCUUCGUAGGAGGAGGGGAUGACCGCUUCAUGCUGCCGUCGUCGACGACGUCGUCACUCUCGUCCAAGCGAUCACUCUCCCUCGACAGCGGCGGCUCCUCAGGCUCAGGCUCAGGGUCUUUCUCGCUCGACCUCGCGGACGCCUCGCGGUACCAGGCGCCGGCGCUGCCCGUGCCGCACAACCCCUUGGCGGGCGCCGUCGACCACGACGACGAGGCGAUCAUGCGGGCUAUGAUGGCGGUCAUGUCUUCGUCCUCUGCCUCCCCGUCCUCCUCGGCAUCCUCCCAUCCGCAGCCCUUCUGCCGGGACCGGGACAGCAACAUGCAACAACAGUCAGCAGCCAUGGCGCCGCAGCUGCGUAGAGGACGAAGUGGCCACGUGAUGGUGAAGAGCAGCCUCUCCAUGUCGCCGGAGAGAAGCAGCAGCGGCGGCCGGGGACAGCAGCAGGAGGAGCCGACGAGGGCCGCGAGCGGCAACACCGGCCAGCUCUACCACAUGAUGUCAGAGAGGAAGCGACGGGAGAAGCUCAACGACAGCUUCCACACGCUGAGGUCGCUCCUUCCCCCCUGCUCAAAGAAGGACAAGACAACGGUGCUAACCAAGGCGGCAGGGUACCUAAAGACGCUGGAGGCGCAGGUCUCUGAGCUGGAGGAGAAGAACAACAAGUUGGAGAAGCACAUUCCGACCUACGAUUGCGAGGAGGACGUGCCGCACCAGCAGAGGCGGCAGAGGGCCAAGGUCCAAAUAACCAAGGCGGCAUCAGACGGGGUGGUGAACCUGACGGUGAUGGUGAUGGUGGAGUGUGACGUGGUGGAGCUGGUGCUCCGCAUCCUGGAGUGCCUCCGGUGGAUGGAGCAGGUCAACGUCAUGUCCGUCGACGCCGACACCUACUCCCCGCAGGUGUUGCUCAAGGCCAUAGCCAGCAUCAAGCUCCGGAUCGUGGACGACGACUGGAACCAGGCCUUGUUCCACGAGGCCAUGACCAAGGCUGUUAACGACGCGACCGCGUCUCGUCCUUCGCUCGUGCUCACCGCGUAG